UAGAGAAGUUUGACAAAAAUUGCUCAUUCUCUUCACUACUGUCUCGUAAACAGAUUCACAACUCAAAAAGUACGCAAAAAUCAAUGAUCAAUCUGAAUCUCUCUCUCUAACUAUCUUCUCAUGGUGGAGUACUGUGUCACCUGAAACAAGAGAGAGAGAGAGCUUCGUAUUGAACACAGCUUGUUUUCUCCAUGGGGAGAAACUCUCUUUCUCUCGAGAUCCAUCAUGACAAUAACGGCGCGGGGAAUCACAACAACAACGUCUCCGUGCGAGACCGUCUCCGUCUCAAGAGGAAUCCAACCGACAUGCGAGAUCGAUCUCGGUCCUCCCUGCGUAGUACCAGGCCUCCUCACCACCACGUUCCCCCACGAUCGCUGAACCGCAAGGGCUUCCUCCUCUCGCUGCUCAAGCCGCGCGGCACGUGUUUGCUCUACUCUCUCGUCGCGUUCGCGGUUUGCGCCUUCGUAGCGUCCUCGCUGCUGCUUCAGAGUUCGAUUACGCGGCAAGGGAGUGCGAAGGGAGGGAGCGUGGGAAGGCGGAUUGGAUUGGGGAGUGCGUUGAAGUAUGUCCCUGGAAGAGUUGCGAAGAAGUUGAUCGAAGGAGAAGGGAUUCAUUCCUUGCGGUCGGAGGUUCGAAUAGGCGUUCGUCCCCCGAGGCUUGCUCUCAUACUAGGGAAUAUGAGGAAAGAUCCCCGGACACUAGUGUUGAUCACGGUGGUGAAGAAUCUUCAAAAACUGGGUUAUGUGUUUCAGGUUUUUGCCGUAGAGAAUGGUGAAGCACGUCCAUUGUGGGAACAGUUAGCUGGCCACGUUAAAGUUUUGGUUUCAGGGCAGCUGGGGUACGCUGAUUGGACAGUCUUUGAAGGUGUUAUUGCUGAUUCGCUUGAAGCGAAAGAAGCCAUUUCAAGUCUCAUGCAGGAGCCGUUUCGUUCAGUACCACUUAUAUGGAUAGUUCAUGAAGAUAUUCUUGCAAAUCGGUUGCCUGUUUACCAAAAGAUGGGCCAAAAUUCUCUAAUCUCCCACUGGAGAAGUGCUUUUGCGAGAGCAAGUGCAGUUGUCUUUCCACAGUUUACUCUGCCGAUGUUGCACAGCGUUCUUGAUGAUGGGAACUUCGUUGUGAUUCCGGAAUCAGUAGUAGAUGUUUGGGCUGCUGAAAGGUACAGUGAAACCCACGCAAAGCAAACGCUGAGGGAGAGUAACGGUUUUGGCGAAGAUGACCUGAUCAUCGUGGUGCUUGGGAGCUCCCUCUUUUAUGAUGAUUUUUCUUGGGAUAACGCCGUGGCAGUGCACAUGCUGGGACCACUUUUAACACGAUAUGGGAGGAGAAAAGAGACCGGUGGUCCCUUUAAGUUUAUAUUUCUAUUUGGCAAUUCUACCAAUGCUGUACAGGAGGUUGCAUCGAGGCUUGGGCUGACCCAAGACACUGUUCAGCAUUUUGGUCUGAAUGAGGAUGUGAAUAGAGUUCUACUGGUGGCUGAUGUUCUUGUUUAUGCCUCUUACCAAGAGGAACAAAGUUUUCCCUCAUUGGUUGUGCGAGCUAUGAGCUUUGGCAUCCCUAUUGUAACACCUGACUUUCCCAUCAUGAAAAAAUAUGUGAGUACACCUGAAGUUUAUGCCUUUUUUUUCCGAAGAAACGACCCUGAUACACUGUUAAAGGCAUUCUCACCCUUGAUAUCAGAUGGAAGUCUCUCUAAAUUUGCUCAAACGGUUGCUUCUUCAGGAAGACUUUUAAUUAAGAACAUGAUGGCGACAGAGUGCAUAACUGGUUACGCUAGGCUUUUGGAGAACGUACUCCAUUUUCCGUCUGAUACUUUCUUGCCAGGUUCUGUUUCUCAACUUCAAGUGGCCGAGUGGGAGUGGAGUCUGUUCAGGAGAGUAAUAGAGGAGGCAGAAAGCUUACUCCAUGACUCUGCUUAUGGAUCCAUUGUUUUCCAAGUGGAAGAAAAGUUCACGAGUGUUGUUGAGUCAAAAAACACUGUUGACAACGAUACCAUAGUUCUUUCGGAUGAGCUUCCUUCCAAAUUAGACUGGGAUGUCCUUGAAGAGAUCGAGGGAGCUGAAGAGUACGAGAAACUAGAAUCUGAGGAGCUGGAGGACAGAAGCGAAAGAGAUGUUGAAGACUGGGAAGAGAUAUACCGUAACGCUCGCAAAUCCGAGAAGCUAAAAUUCGAGGUGAACGAGCGGGACGAAGGAGAGCUAGAACGAACUGGUCAGCCUCUAUGUGUAUAUGAGAUUUACAAUGGAGCUGGUGCUUGGCCCUUUCUGCAUCAUGGAUCUCUGUACCGUGGUUUGAGCCUGUCCAGCAAAGACCGAAGGCUAAGCUCGGACGAUGUAGAUGCAGCAGACAGGUUACCUCUACUGAACGAUACUUAUUAUCGAGAUAUUCUCUGUGAAAUUGGAGGAAUGUUUUCAGUUGCGAAUAAAGUGGAUAGCAUUCACAUGAGACCUUGGAUUGGGUUUCAGCCAUGGCGUUCUGCUGGUACGAAGGUCUCGUUAUCGUCUAAAGCUGAAGAGUCCCUGGAAAACAUUAUACAAAAGGAUACCAAGGGGGAGAUUGUUUACUUCUGGACAAGAUUAGACAUUGAUGGUGACGCACUUGGAAGUAAAAAUGCGCUUACGUUCUGGUCUAUGUGUGAUAUCCUUAACCGAGGAAAUUGCAGGACUACGUUCGAAGAGGCGUUCCGGCAUAUGUAUGGGUUACCAGAACACAUUGAAGCGCUUCCUCCCAUGCCUGAAGAUGGUCAUCACUGGUCUUCUCUCCACAACUGGGUGAUGCCAACUCCAUCUUUCCUCGAGUUUGUCAUGUUCUCAAGGAUGUUCUCGGAGUCUCUUGAUGCACUGCACAACGACUCCACAAGUUGCUCACUGGCUUCAUCACAGCUCGAGAGAAAGCAUUGUUACUGCCGGGUUCUGGAACUGUUGGUUAACGUCUGGGCGUAUCACAGCGGAAGAAAGAUGGUUUACAUAAACCCGAGAGACGGUUCACUCGAGGAACAACAUCCUUUGCCGCAACGGAAAGGUUUCAUGUGGGCUAAUUACUUUAACUUCGCUUUGUUGAAAAGCAUGGACGAGGACUUGGCAGAAGCAGCGGAUGAUAACGACCAUCCAAGGGAAAGGUGGCUGUGGCCACUAACGGGAGAAGUGCAUUGGAAAGGCGUUUACGAGAGAGAACGUGAAGAAAGAUAUCGUUUGAAAAUGGACAAGAAACGUAAAACUAAGGAGAAACUUUAUGAUAGGAUAAAAAAUGGUUACAAGCAGAAAUCACUUGGAGGAUGAAACACAGAGAGAGAUCUACUUUGGAAUGGAUUAACAACAACUCUGUCUCAGUCUCAACUUUCAAGAGGAAAGGAAAACACGUGAGAUUCACGUGGAGAUACCAUCGAAAGCAAAGAUUUACUUUUUAGCUACUGAUUUAGGUUUAUAUUUUUUAUAUAUCUUUUAUGGGUUUUUUGUAUAUACGCUACAAAAAAGCAAUUUUGAUAUUGAUAACUGCAUCAUUUCAUUCGUCUUUAUUAUGAUUACAAUUGGACCAGCCUUGGCCACU